AUGAAAAUGAAGAUAAUUAUAUAUAUUUGCAUUUGGGCAACAGCAUGGGCCAUUCCGGUUCCCCAGUUAGUACCACUGGAAAGAGACAUUGUUGAAAAAACUGUGGAUGUACCUUUUCUAGCGCAUCCAGGAACCGCAGCACAGAAUGAGUUAGACAUCAACAACACCACUAACGACAGUAACAACUCUCCAAAUGGCAGUGAGAUAGGAAAGCAGGUAUAUACCAAGGACGGUUACAGAACAGACGGGAACGGCUCCGAGUCGAUACACGUAGGAGGGAAGGGUUCUCCAACUCAGCCCAUUUUAGCAAACGAACAGGCGAACAUUGCCGAAGAGCACGAGGAUGUAGGGACAUACGGUCAUGAUGAAAUACAUGCGAGAGGAGAGAACAGCACAGCAAACGGCAUCAGGGGCCCAGUAGGCAUCGUUGGAAACGCUGAGGAAGCAAAGGAGAGUAGUGUACACGGACAGGCUGGUCAGGAUACAAAAACUGAGGAUGCUAGUGAUGUGAGCCAGAAUGCAAAUGCUACCCUUGUCCAGGAAAAUGAGCCUCAAGUAGCCGGCAACGAGAAUAGCACCAACCACGAGGUUGGAAUACAUGGGAGUGGGGUUGCUACACAUCAAACGACACCUCAAAGAGAAGGGGAGGGGAGUGAGAAUCAGGGGGCUGAGGUGACACCAAGCAUCGGGGAAGACGCUGGUUUGGAUAAUACUGAUGGGAGCCCUAGCGGGAACGGGGUGGAAGAGGAUGAAGACACAGGCUCUGGUGAUGGUGUGGGUGGAGAAGCAGGAGCUGGAAGGGAGAGCCAUGAUGGCACUAAGGGCGAGGAGGACCAGUCUCAUGGGGGAAAUAAUGACCACAGAGGUCAGAGUUCAGUUAGUACUGAAGAUGACGACUCAAAAGAACAAGAAGGCUCCCCAAAUGGACGUGAUGGAGACAACAGCAGUGAGGAAAACGGUAUUGAAGAAGGCAACAGAAGCCAAGCAACGCAGGACAACCAGAAGCUCAGUCCCAAAGACAGCAGAGAUGCAGAGAGCAAGAUCACCAGCCAGUCAGAAGCAUGUCCUUCUGGGAAGAGCCAAGAUCAGGGAAUAGAAACUGAAGGCUCCAACACAAGCAACAAAAGUAUUAUUACCAAAGAAUCUGGGAGACUCAGUGGAAGUAAAGACAGCAUUGGACACCAAGGAAUAGAGCUGGAUAAAAGGAACAGCCCAAAGCAAGGACAGUCUGACAAGCCCCAAGGGGCUGUUGAGAAGUCAGACACCCACAGCAACACGGGGCACAACAGGAUAGGCAGCAGCAGCAACAGUGAUGGGCAUGACAGUUAUGAUUUCGAUGACGAGCCCAUGCAAGGAGAUGAUCCCAACAGCAGUGACGAAUCUAAUGGAAGUAACGGAGACGUUAACUCGGAAAGCGCCAGUGAGAGUGGCAGCCGCGGAGACACUUCUUACACCUCUGAUGAAUCAAGUGAUAAUGGCGAUGACAGUGACUCACAUGUGGGAGAGGAUGACAGCAGGGAUGAUUCAUCUGAUACAGAUGACAGCGACAGUAAUGGUGAUGAUGACAGUGAGAGUGAGGACAAGGAUGAAUCAGACAGCAGUGACCAUGACAAUAGCAGUGACACUGAGAGCAAAUCAGACAGCAGCGACAGCAGCGACAGCAGCGACAGCAGUGACAGUAGUGACAGCAGUGACAGCAGCAGCAGUAGUGACAGCAGCGACAGUGACAGCAGCGACAGCGACAGCAGCAGUGACAGUAGUGACAGCAGUGACAGUAGUGACAGUAGUGACAGCAGUGACAGCAGCGACAGUAGCGACAGUAGUGACAGCAGUGACAGCAGUGACAGUAGUGACAGCAAUGACAGCAGCAGCAGUAGUGACAGCAGUGACAGCGACAGCAGUGACAGUAGUGACAGCAGUGACAGUAGUGACAGUAGUGACAGUAGUGACAGCAGUGACAGCAGCAGCAGUAGUGACAGCAGCGACAGUGACAGCAGCGACAGCGACAGCAGCAGUGACAGUAGUGACAGCAGUGACAGUAGCGACAGUAGUGACAGCAGUGACAGCAGUGACAGCAGCAACAGUAGUGACAGCAGUGACAGCAGUGACAGUAGUGACAGCAGUGACAGCAGCAACAGUAGUGACAGCAGUGACAGCGACAGCAGUGACAGUAGUGACAGCAGUGACAGUAGUGACAGCAGCAACAGCAGCGACAGUACUGACAGUAGUGACAGCAGCGACAGCAGUGACAGUAGCGACAGUAGUGACAGCAGUGACAGCAGCGACAGCAGUGAUGAUAGUGACAGCAGUGACAGUAGCGACAGUAGUGACAGCAGCGACAGCAGUGACAGCAGUGACAGCAGCGACAGCAGUGACAGUAGCGACAGUAGUGACAGCAGUGACAGCAGUGACAGCAGCGACAGCAGUGAUGAUAGUGACAGCAGUGACAGUAGCGACAGUAGUGACAGCAGUGACAGCAGUGAUGAUAGUGAUAGCAGUGACAGCAGCGACAGCAGUGACAGUAGUGACAGCAGUGAUGAUAGUGACAGCAGUGAAAGCAGUGAAAGCAGUGACAGUAGCGACAGCAGUGACAGCAGUGACAGCAGUGACAGCAGUGACAGUAGUGACAGUAGUGACAACAGCGACAGCAGUAGUGACAGCAGCGAUAGUGACAGUAGUGAGAGCAGUGACAGCAGCGACAGUGACAGUAGUGAGAGCAGUGACAGUGACAGCAGCGAUAGUGACAGCAAGGAUAGCACUUCUGACAGCAGUGAUGGUGACAGCAAGGCUGGUAAUGGCAACAGUGACAGUGACAGCGACAGUGACAGCGAAGGCAGUGACAGUAACCACUCAACCAGUGAUGAUUAG